AGGUUACGUAAUCAACACAGUUCACAAAGGGCACAGUUGAGAAAUGAACGCAGCAGCAGCAGCACCCGGAGGCGCCAAGGCCGCUCCCCCCAAAUUCAAGCAGAAGGAGUCUCGCCAGUUCAAGAGCAAGGCUCCCAAAGCUGGACAGAAGGGGUUUGAUGACGUCCCUGGCAUGGAUGGCCUUGGAGCCGAGGUCAUCUGCCCCUGGGAGGCGUUUGGAGACAUGGAGCUGAGUGAUCUGGCCCAGUUUGGCAUUGUUUAGACCUUUGUGCCCAAUGGAGAACAGUU